AUGAGCGGCUGCCAAUCUGAUAGCCUCUUCGUGCCUGAAGUGUCACCUCGCCCCGAGUAUGCAGCAGCGUCGAUGUGGCUUGAGCGGCAACUAAUGACACCUAGAGAAAGAGAUGUGAGCGCGGUACUGUCACCUCAGGCAUUCGAAGCAGAUCAUUGUCACGACCAUGCGACCACCAUCGGCGCUGAAGAGGUCCACGAUCCAGCGCAAGAGCCAGCGCCCGACCAUCCGUACUUUCGCCUUGACGUACCUGCGCUUCAUACCGAGAUCGACACAGUCUUGCGAGAUUUCUGGAUUAAAUUGCAGGGAUUUCAGGACGACGACGCAGAAAUGGCAAAUCAACGGGAAGUCAUACAGCAAGGGCGAGGGAUCGGCGCUCCUAAACCUCUGGUCGUAACCACAGUCGGUCCAGCAGGUGUUGGAAAGAGUUUCCUAUACAAGGCCCUUUUCAAUCGCCCGGAUAUCACAAAGAGCUCAGCAGAAGGACGCUCAUGCACGCUCUACCCGACCAGGAUCGUGCUCCACCCAGAUGCACCUGGCGACACAACAAGCAGUGAUCUUGACAUAGAAUUUUUCGACACAGCCGCAAUAACGACCAUGACUGAAAACCAUAUCAGGAGAUACCACGAAUACCACUUUGGCACGGACAAUAACCAAGAAGACGACGAUAGCCGCCGCCACGCAUUGACCGCAAAGGAGUUCUUCGAUGCCGCCUUCAAUACGGCGGGCAAUGCGGAGUCCACAGUCUAUCUGCAGUCUCUUUUAACAGUAGAGAUGACUGGAAGUGGCGACCUCCACCGCGCUUGCGUCGAUGCCAUUGAACAACGCAUCUCCUCCGCAGGGGCUACUCAGAACCGGAAACUUUCCUACUUAAAGGUCGAGGACAACGACCUCGACCAGGUCCGGAGUGCAGCUGAUAGUCUGGCGCCGUUUGUUGACUUCUUCAUCAUUAAGACUGGUGCUGCUGUCCUGAGGGCAGGUCUAACUUUUGUCGAUCUACCAGGUCUCCGAGACAUCAACCAGGACCGCAUCGCAAGAGCUAACGCCAUCCGAAGAGAUGUUGAUGUUGAGUUGAUCAUCUGCGAUCGUCCUGAACGAGGCCUGGAAGAUUCAGAUCUAGAUGCUCUGAUUAGACAGUCAAUUCGGGCACAUGGCUUCAACAACACGAUUCUAGUUUACAAUAAAAUCGAUACCAUAUUCUUGAGUGGUGUCCAGGACGCAAACGAUCGUAUACGCGAAUCCACAGCUGAGCCAUACACUACCAUUAGAACUUUCAAGGCUGAAGCAGAGAUCAUACAGGACGCCAGCGUCAAACGGUUGUACUUUGCAUAUCUGCAAGAGCAGGCACUCAACGCUAUGAUUCGCGAGCGAGCGAACAGUCUACGCGACAACAUCGCAGCAAAGUACGCAGCACUCGAUCCAGAAAGCCCUAACGAUAUUGCCGUCUUCGCCAUCUCCGCGGCGCAGUAUCUCGAAUGGCUGGACCCGUCUCGACUGCGCACACCAGUCAUGAGUGUGAGUGACACGCGGGUUCCAGCAUUGAAGCGACACUUGCUCAGUCUGACCAGUGCCCGCAACCAUGAACACCUUUGGCACCACAUCCACCUAGUCAUGGCUGAGAUUGCCGACAGUGGCACUCGUGUGUUGGAGAAGUUCGAGGACGAGUAUGGAUACUCAGCCUUCUGCGAGCAGCUUGCCAAGGAGCAGAUACCAACGUUGUACGCUGAUCUCAAGCAGCUCGCCAACACGCAGCUGCUGCCGUCUCUGCGCAUCUGGCCGUACCAGCCUGACGCUGAGCGACAACUGGAACUAGUCAAGAACGUCAUCACUGAGUGGCAGCAAACAGUCAACGGCCCAGUGCUUGUGGCAUCGUUCAACAAGGCUCUGCGCGAUCACGGCUUCAUCGCCAACAGCCGGGCGCGGGCAUUGCAGGGCUUGCGCGUCAACUGGAACCAAACACUACAAGAGCGCAUGGAGCCGGCCGUUGAGACAUUCACACAAAACACAUACUCACGAUGCGCAAGCGGAUGGAAGCAGAUGUCAAGCCGAAUCAACGACUGCAUGAACGACGUAUUCGCCGCCCUCGAAAACUCCGCCGACCAAACCCCGUUCAAAGCCAGCUUCCACCGCGAGUGGCGCAAGCUCGAACACGCCAUCUUCACCACGUCGGGAUCCUUUGAGUUCCAGCUCCACCGCGUCGUGCGCGCCACCCACCGCUUCGCCACGACCGAGGAAGACGUCGGCUGCCUGCUUGCCUCGCUCAUGGCGCCCAUCUACCGCAAGGUGGCGACGAAGACGGGCAUCGGCAAGUACUCGCGGCAGGUAGCCGCGCUCGACCGCUACCUGGUGACUGGUGGGUGGCAUGGCGGCACGAUUGUAGACCGCUAUGAGGAAGCCGUCGUGGCAGAUGUAGAGCGCCGGCUCAGGCCAGUCGUGCAUUGGUUUCUGAACGAGAUCAAGGCCGAGCUUUUGAACUUUGUGAGAGUCAUGGAGGAGCUGUUGGUUGACGAGCAGCAGCUGAGUGUCGGGCAGCGGGAGAGCAGGAGGAGGUUGAGGGAAGCCUUGCCCGUGUAUGAGGAGCGAUUGAGGCGGUUGCAGGACGCGGUUCCGAGGCCAGAUCGUUGA